UACCAAGGGAUGAGAACGUACAAUCAACUGCGAGAGUGAGGCUGUCUACAGAACGGGGUAGCGAAGGCUGGAUAGGUAGAAGAUAGCUGACCCCUGGAAGGGAGUAGUGUGGCUUGAGAGGGGAUAGCCGGCGCGUCGACGUCGCGUUGUGCAGGAUCUCGCGAUACUAGGUUUCCUCCAAGAGGUCGACAGAAGUCAAACUAAGGUCGCCCUGGGUCGGCAACGAGAGCACCAGGAUGCGUAUUGAUGAGCAGAGAAGAGGAGGGCAAGAUAGAGAAUGGUCCGAGAGCUGGACGGGAGAGCAACAUGAACUUUUUCCAGGAGGUUAUUUCAUUUCAGGCGUUGUGCCUGGCCGCGCCAAGCCCCCGUCAUGCAGCGUCGGUCAAGCAUUCCAUUGGCCAUUCGCAUGCCACGCUGCCUCUGCCACCUACACUCGAUGCACCAACUCUGCACCACAUAAACACAUUUCCUGUUUCUUCUUGAUUGCUUUCUUUGACGUUACUGUAUUCUUUGCAACGCUUUGCUGCCGUGACUCAACGUCUCGAGGUCCCUGAGAAGGUAGAUUCUCCUCGUCCUCCUCCGUAUCCUCCUCCUAUUCCCCAUUUG